AUGGGAAAAUCAGUGAUAUUGGUGGUGAGACUUGUUGCGUUUGUUUGCCUUGUGGGAUCACUCAUCAUCCUCCUUACAAGUUCUCAAUACUCUGACAACGAACGCCUUUUCUACACUGACGAGCAGCUCGAAACUAAAUUUACUGAUUUUCGUGUUUAUGUUUAUAUGCUGGUUAGCAUUGGUGUUGGAAUUGCCUAUAACCUCUUUCAAACAAUACUCUCGCUAAGCAUCGGAGUCAGUCUUUUAGAUCUAUUUGGUGACAUGAUCAUAGCAAAUAUACUCGUCUCAGGAGCAGCUGCAACCUAUGGUUAUACGCUGGAAUUGAGCCGCGUAGCCGACCUAGAGCCAACUAGUUUCUUCAACAAGAUUUUUGUUUCUGCGGGGCUUUCUCUGCUAGCAUCACUCUUUACACUAAUCUCUCUCCUUUCCUGUCAUGUUGCUCUAAAAGCUACUGCCAAUUGAAUUUACGAGGGCCAUUUACAAACAUUCCAUGCAUUUUCUUUCAUUUUUGUUCAAGUAUGUUUCUCUAUGUAUUUAAACGUUCACAU